GUGAUUAUAAAUUUCUUGCUGUCUCCAUAAAAUUUUACAUGAAUUAAAGCAAUCAGCAUCAUCUUUAGUUGUUCAUCAGCAUGGCGAACGAUCGUGAGAUUUUGCGAGAAAUUUGGGAGGGAAAAAUACCCGUACAUUUUAAGUUAUCAGCAGACGAAACCGAUGUGGAACCGGAAGAGUUUUUUCUGCUUAUUCCCCGACUGAGCUAUUUUCCCCUCGUCACCGAUAAAGUGAGGAAGCAUUUUCUUCGAUUCGUAUCGAACGAACUGCAAGAUGGUGAAAUGUGGAUGGACAGCAAUGGCACUCCCCUAAAAUGGCAUUAUCCCAUAGGUGUUUUGUAUGAUUUACUCGUUGGCACCGACGGAUCGCUGCCAUGGGACGUUACGGUGCACUUUUCCAAAUUUCCUGAAGAUAUUCUUAUUCCAUGUCUCAGCAGAGAAGUUGUCGAAGCUCACUUCAUGUCUAGUCUUAAGGAAGCCGACGUUCUCAAACACCGUGGUCAAGUGGUUUCCGCAAUGCAAAAGAAAGAUCACAAUCAGUUGUGGCUAGGAUUAGUUAAUGAUAAGUUUGACCAGUUCUGGGCAGUGAACAGGCGAUUAAUGGAACCCAUUCCAGACCAGGAUGGAUUCAAACACAUUCCAGUACGAUGUUAUGCCGAGGAUGGAACAUACCAGCAAAAACUAGUCGCACCUAGCACAACGAACGGCCAAAAGCGUACGUUACAGGAUUUAUUGGACGAUUUUUCAACACCUGUUAAGAAAGCAGUAGAAGCACGGACCCAUGGCGUCACCGUUCCCGAAACGACUCCACUCCAGUGGCUCUCGGAGCACCUCAGCUAUCCGGACAAUUUCCUGCAUCUCUGUCUGGCCUACACCACGGCCUAGGGCUUGGGCGCGAGGUCAAGUCAAGCCAAGCAAGAUCACCAUCACCAUCGUUCUUUCCCAUCUCAUGCCAUCCCCUCGGGUCCCCCCUCAUCUGUCAUUCACUCUCUCUCUCUCUCUCUCUCUCUCUCUCUCUCGCUCUGUACUCCAUCGUGCCCUCGAUCGACUCGCGAAAUGAACCACGAUCGUCCGGCUGAGUCGAUCGACGAUCGCGUACAGCACACACGGUUCAUUUGGACGCAUUGGCGUCAUAUUCAUUCCCACGCGCGCCGUUCACGGAUGCUGCGAGCGUACCCAAAGUCGACCGCAGACACGGUGGAACCGACCAGCCUAUCCAAACUCGACGCUCUGGCCAGCCUAAAUGAGCUCUAUCAUCUCGCAGCGCCACCGCGGGGUACGUCGUUCCUUCCCGGUGACAAACACGAGAAGAGAAGAAGAAACACCACGUACAUACAGACACACCACACCGAUGAUGAACCGGGCACGAUGGGGACAGAUAAGGCUUGCAGCAAAAGGAGCGGUCCCCCUUUUCUCAUUCCCUCGCCCUUUCUCGCGUCCAUGCCGCAUGAUUCAUGGUCGUGAAUGCUCGCCGUUGCCUCCGUUGCCGCCGCCGCCGCCGCCACCGCCUGCUUUGCUUGCUUGACAUUUAUGUCUAAUUAUACGAUUAUCGUUUCUCUUCUUCGCGCCAUAACUCUGUUCAUCCAGCGACACGGGCAAGUGAAGCACCAUUAAUGUUGUCAUAAUAAAAAAAACAAAGGUACAAUAUGUGCGUACGUGGCUAGUUAC